AUGGCGGAGCUGUCAACGCUGGCACCACCGACGGAGACCCACGGCGGCCCCCUCGUCUUCGCGCUUCGCGAUGUGCUCAGCCAACUGCCGCUUCCAGCACCUUUCAACACUGCGGCGGUCUCCACCAAGUGGCGAUGCGUCCUCGCGCCGACAGCGGAGGUUGGGGCUGGGGCGUCCCCAGAGGGGCUCCUCCUCUCCGAGGAAGAGCUUAUGCCGUACCUCGAGGCCGGGGUGCCCGUUCGUGCGAGCAAGAUGCGUGCGACGGCGGCCCACACCGCGUGUGGGCCAGAUAGUCUACGCUGGCUGACGGACCCGCGCUGGACUGCGUUCCCCAAGCCGCAGAUUGCUUUACGCCGCGGCUGGGGAGCACCUGGAGUGGACAUACACGUGUCCUCCUUUCACAAGAUGAUCUCCUCCUUCGAAGAGGUGUUCCACCACACCCACGGCGUCGAGGUGCCGCUCACCCAGCAAGAGCUGGAAGCGGUCGGUGCUGCAACUGCCCCGGUGCUAAGUGAUGUCUCGGAAGCGGAGGAGGUGCUGGACCUGCAGCUGUUUCACCGCAGCGAUGGCUGUCCGCCCAUCCCUAUCCUUGGUGAGCACCUUUUAUGGCCGUCCUUUGUCGCCGAUGGGGCCGUUUGCGACCAGGCAACGUGGGUGUCACAACGGGGCAUGGUGCGGCACUGGCACCUGAACGACUGUGGCGAGUUCGCGAUGCAGGCCGCGCUGCCUUUACCAGUGGAUAGCAGGGACGAUAGGGAUGCGAAGGUGAGUCUAUCAGACCCGAAACUACGAUCACCUCCGUCGGCGUCACCUUCGUCAGGGAGUAGCAGCACCAGUGCGAUGCGCAUUCGAUCUCUCUUGUAUCCCGAGAGCUCAGCUGCAGGGGCAGCAGCAGUGUCGUCAGCGGUUCGAGGUGCCCACGUGCCGGCAAUGCUGACCAUCUUCGCACCGAAAGGCGGAUAUGACUGGGUGCUGCAUGAUGACGAGGCGAACAUGUGCGGCAAGGUGGUGUCGCUGGACCUCUUCCAAACUCCAGACGAGGCGCUUCCGUGCGAUGCUGCCCUCCUGCCAGUUCUCACGGUUGCAGUUCUUGAAAGCGGUGGGGCGCCGCUUAUCAUUCCACCAAACCUCACGCAAACCUCGAUCGCGUUGCGAGACUGCGUUGUCGUCGAGCAGCGGCGCAUCUCAAAUCUGUGGCUCGACGACGUCUCAUACUUUCUUCACCGCUGCGCUCGAUGGCAAGCGAGCCCCAUCAUCUACGCCUACCUUCAGCAGAAUCUGCAGGACGACAGCUUUGUUGCAGGGCAGGUAGUACCCUACCUGAUCCGAGUCUUCGAGGAGCACGGGGAGGCGACGCCGUACCAUGCAGCGAUACGCCGGCGCGCCGUGCUUUCGCUGCACGCGCUGGCCCGAAACCAGGAGCACUACGGUCUGUCUGACAGCUCCCGCGCCUCUCUGGAGCGUCUUCUCCACGGCGGUAACCCGGAGAUGCACGCGGUGCUACAGAGCGCUCCGUACUGCGCUUCAUCCGGCGCUGAAGCUCCAGCCACCAUGGAGGAAUGGCUGGCCGUGUACUGGGGAAUGAGCUGGUGCUGGCCAAAGCCAGGGUGCGUCCUCCGCGUUCCCAACACCGUGCACCCGCUCAGCGCGCGGUUGACGCCACUCCAGCAGAAGGCCCAGUACAUCCCAGUCGUGUACCCGCCAAUGACCUGCAGCCCCGUGUACGGCACUGAGAAGGACUCGGUAGAGGCGACGGUGCAGCAGUACUUUGAGAUGAAGGAGCUGGAGUCGAAGCCGAGGGAGCUGAUGGCGUACCUGCGAACGCGCAAGAUGGCCACGGAUGACAUCCUCGAUUACUUCUUUUGA